AUGAAGUUUUAUACCCUAGCUGUCUUUACUGCUCUAUCGUUCUCAUCCAUCAGUGCACAUUCUCUUAACCCAAGACAUAAUCUCUAUGCUAAGAGACAAACUGGUAUCCCCGGCUCUUCCGCAAAUGGACCCCCAGCUCCACCGACAGCUACUGCGUCGUCUGUACUAAGCUCUGCAUCUGUGAUGCCCAAUCCUACUACCAGUAGUAGUAGUACUGCGAAUAUUCUACCUCCGGUCGACUCUUCGUCGACUUCGACCAGCAUUUCAGCAUCCUCGACAUCAUCAGAGAAGCCGACGGGACCGCCUCCAUUGGCAACUUGGACCGGCGUUCCUCCUCUGGAAAGCAUCACUCUCGGAAUGCCAACAAGGCCCAUUCCACCAGUCACCGCCACCUAUGCCCCAGGUGCCAGACCACCUAUAGCUGGAGCUCCUGUCCUACCUACUGGACUCGUCCAGGGGUCAUGGCCCCCAACAGAUCAAAUUCCGGAUACCAACUCGAAGGAAGUCCGAGCGUGGAUGAAGGAGCUUGAUGGAUUCAAGAUACCCGACCUUGCUCCAACCGUUGAUGGUUCAUGCGGUGGUGAUCCCGCUGCUGCUGCUGCUGCCGCUCAGCGAGGAUGGUGGACCUGUGGAGGAUAUACACGUAGCACUGACAUCGUAUCUUGCCCGGAUAAAAACACUUGGGGUGUAAGCUUCGACGACGGGCCAUCCGUCUACAGUAAAUACGUACUCGACUACCUGAAACAAAAAAAUCUCACCGCAACUUUCUUCGUCGUUGGUUCUCGUGUUGUUCAACACCCCGCUAUUCUGAUUGAAGAGUACAUGGCCGGCCAUGAAAUCAGCGUUCACACUUGGUCCCAUAGUAAACCAUUGACCUCUCUGACCAACGAGCAAAUCGUGGCUGAGCUGGGCUGGACUCGGCGAGUCAUCAAAGAUGUUCUUGGUGUUACACCGACAACAAUGCGACCUCCUUGGGGUGACAUCGAUGACCGUGUUCGCGCAAUCUCUAUGGCAAUGGGUAUGGUUCCUAUUAUGUGGACUGCCACUCCCACCGGAAAUAAAUUUGACACCAAUGACUGGAUGGUUGCUGGCGGCAGUGUCAACGGCUCUGAAUCAUUCAAAUCCUUCCAGUCAAUCCUGACUCAAGCAUCAACCCUGGAAACGGGAUUUAUUGUUUUACAGCAUGACCUUUCUGAGUUGACUGUUGAUCUCGCAGUUGGAUACACUCUAGAGGCCGCUCUUUCUCAUGUUCCAAGGUUCAAUCUGGAACCCAUUGGCCAAUGCCAGCACUUCCCUAAGGCAAAUCUUUACCUUGAGACCAACCUGAACCAAACCUUCCCAUUCCGAAAUCAAUCAGCUGGAGGUGUCGACGUAUCUGGCGACGGUACAGUAGACACAAAGUCUGGAGACGGUGGCUCAACGGCAGCCGAUGUCAGCAAAGCCAAUGCCGACUCUCCUAUCAGCGCCGCUGUUUCGACUAAUAUACCCCUUCUGAGCUGUUUGACAGUGGUCGUGUGUGCAGUGAUGAGCAUCUUGCUCUAA